GAACUUUGAAUUUUCCGCGCUUAAUUACCGUGAUUUUCUAUCAUGUGCGCGGUCGAUAUAAUCUAUUACUGCCCCAGGGUUAUCCGGGGUAGAGUGCGACUGUCGUCCCGAGCGGAAAUCGUAGGGGCUUGUCUGUCAGUCCCACUUAGCGAUAAGUAGGGGUAGCUAAUUUUCCGGAAGUAGCCGAAUUCGGUCGAGUGGGUGUACAGUGAUAAGUGAAGAGACAACCGAAACUGAGACACACAACCGGACAAGACGCCGAACCACCAAGACGCUUCCAUCACACAGGUAAUUAAUUAAUUCUGAACUUGGAUUCUUUAGUGGAACCAAGCGAUAAUUACAUUAAAUAUUAUUGAUACCAGGCCGUUAGCCGGUACCUUUUAUAUCACUGUAUUAAUUAUCUGGAAAAGCAGGUGAAGGAGCCAACACCAAUUAAAAUAAAAGUGAGGCGAGAAUAAAAGAAAAAAAGACGAGAGACAACCGGAGGACGAGACGAAUAAGACGGCAGCCAGAAAGACGGUGAAACAAAGAGAACCGCAUCAGAAAAUAAUCAGAUGGACCGGAGCAGAAGACGCUCCAGGGACGGAGUCCGCGGGUAUACGGAGGCAACCCGCAGGAGAUAUCAUCGUAAUGUCAGACCAUAUGGACCGCCAGGAAGACAUCUCCAUCGCCGGUUGGUAAUAAACCAUCCAGGCCCAUUGGCGGGGUCCGAGAGUGACGUACAACCGCCAACACGCCAGUCGGCUUUACAGCGACUAGGCCCAUUGGUGCCCGAAGACCAGGAGACCACACCUAGCCGCCCGGCUCAACCUCGGGUAGGCCCAGCAUUGAUUUCUGACACCAUGAACCGCAUGAGUAAUAUUAGUCUUACUCGCCAGGAGGCGGCCAAGCCAAGAACAUCGGCAGUCGUGGCGAAAACUACCUUGACCACAGGGCAAACAGCUACAUCGGCUCACCGGGAUGCUGCGAAACCAUCGACACCGGCAGCAGUGAGUGUAACUGGCUCGCGGGAGCGGCCCCAAGGGUUGCCCAAUACUACAUCAUCGGUCAAUCCUGCUGCGAAGGCGGCAGCAAGACGUAAGAAGAACGCGAAGCGUCAGGAGCUGCGAGAGGCUAAGCUCGCCGCGAUAUUAGCCAAACCAGCGGAGGAAAUAAUUUUGGAAAAGGUGAAAAAGUUGGCAUAUCACAUUGGAUCAAGGUCAAAGACAGGAGUAGGGCUCCACAACUGUGCCUUUACUUCCACUCUACCGGUUUCGAAAACACCAGAGGCCGAGGAAGUUAUCCCGAGAGCUCCCCUACCACCGGGGCCAACCGGAGAGGCAUUACAACCGAAGGAGUCAGCCGGUAUGGAGAUUGCUCCCAUUCCAGGCCCAUCAGCCGGUAUGGAUAUUGAUCCCGUUCCAGGCCCAUCAGCCGGUGCGGAGAUUGAUCCCGUUCCAGGCCCUUCAACUCGGACAGACGCCAUUCCGUGGCAAGAAGAAGCUCGCGCCUUGCCCAUUAUGUCACCAAGAUCAGCUGAAACUGAGGAAAUAGCCGGACAGCGAGUUCCUCCAGAACUCGUUGCCCAGGCCGGAGGGUCGGAGGCUCGUGCGAAUGAAAACCCGAUGAAAAGGAAGAAAAAGACGAAAAAGAAGAAGAAGAGUAAGAAUGGACCACAUAUGGUUCACAUGGACUGGGUCGAGCCGGACAACCCAGAUCGGAUUCAGUAUGGAUUGGGAUACCUAUCAGCCGAUUCAGGAUGCGAUGAGGGAGUCCCCAUUUUCGAUGAUCGUGAUGAGGUGUUAGAGUUAGAGACACGUUCAGAUGAUGAAAAAUUAGAAUAACUAUUCUUAAAAAUAAAGUUUUUUUUCAUACUUAUGGGAUUUUAACAAAGACCAAGUCUACACCCAACAUCCUUGGACGACGAGAACCUACAAUUUCCGACCGGGCGACAGUCUGGCAGGGGGGAGUGUAACAGGGAACUUUGAAUUUUCCGCGCUUAAUUACCGUGAUUUUCUAUCAUGUGCGCGGUCGAUAUAAUCUAUUACUGCCCCAGGGUUAUCCGGGGUAGAGUGCGACUGUCGUCCCGAGCGGAAAUCGUAGGGGCUUGUCUGUCAGUCCCACUUAGCGAUAAGUAGGGGUAGCUAAUUUUCCGGAAGUAGCCGAAUUCGGUCGAGUGGGUGUACAGUGAUAAGUGAAGAGACAACCGAAACUGAGACACACAACCGGACAAGACGCCGAACCACCAAGACGCUUCCAUCACACAGGUAAUUAAUUAAUUCUGAACUUGGAUUCUUUAGUGGAACCAAGCGAUAAUUACAUUAAAUAUUAUUGAUACCAGGCCGUUAGCCGGUACCUUUUAUAUCACUGUAUUAAUUAUCUGGAAAAACAGGUGAAGGAGCCAACACCAAUUAAAAUAAAAGUGAGGCGAGAAUAAAAGAAAAAAAGACGAGAGACAACCGGAGGACGAGACGAAUAAGACGGCAGCCAGAAAGACGGUGAAACAAAGAGAACCGCAUCAGAAAAUAAUCAGGUAUUAAUUAAAUUAAUUAUUUUAGGCCAAAGCCGAAAUAUUAAUUUAAUUUAAAAAUACUUAGUCGUUCGUCGAGGUAUCCGCGUCUAGGCCCAUAUUUAAUUAAUUAGUUGUAAAAUUAAUUUAUUAAGAAAAUUAAGCCAGACGGUUGUCUAACCGGGUCCAGGCCCAAUUGCCGGGUCCAGGGCGUUGUCUUGAAAUUCCAGGCCGUCGCCGGAGUUAUUGCGUCGUAGAAAUUUCUAGGCCGAUGAGCCAGAAUUUUCCAUAGUUUAGUCCGCGUUGUUACAAAUUAAUUUAUUAAUUAAAAUAAUUAAAUCAACCAAAUUAAAUAUUAAUUAAAAUAAUUACUCGGACCAGACUAAUAAUUAAAGUAAAUUAGUAAUAAAUAAAAUUAGUUAAUAAAAUUAUUAUGAAAUAUUCUCGGCAUAAGAAAAUCUGAAAACAAAAGUCGGGAAAGUUGAGUCAGGAUUAGAAAUGAGACUUCACUAACUAAAACUUAAAACAUUAAUUCUAGUAAAUUCGGAUCAGUAUUAUAUUGAAGAAAUAAUGUUACUUAUUGGAAAUGAAUUAAUUGAAAUAAAUUAAUUAAUUAAUAAUCAUAAUUCUUCUCAUAAAUUAAUUAAUUAAUUUAUAAUUGUGUGGCGGGAAAACCCAUUUUAAAGUCAGUGUGUGUGAGAAAAGUCCAGGGGACUCGAGUGCAGUAUGAGUGUAGGAAAUAAGUUUUAAAAUGUGUAAAUUAGUUAAUAAUUAAUUCGGGAGGUAACCGAUUUUAAUCAUAAGUCCAAAGGUAGUUGGCAAUGAUUUUAACUGAGUGUGAGUGUGUGUGUGAUGCCAAGGUAGUGGCUACGUAGUUAAGUAAAGUAAGUCCAAAGGUAAUUGGCAGAAGUUAUAAGGUCAAAAAGGUUAAUAGUUAUAAGGUUAAUAGUUAUAAGGUUAUAAGGUCAAAGGUUAUAAGGUUUAAGGUCUAAAGGUUUAAUAGUUAUAAGGUAUAAGUUAUAAGGUCUAAAGUUAUAAGGUCAUAAGUUAUAAAAUUAUAAGGUUUUAAUUGAAAGGUUGUGAAUUAAAUAAAAGGUAAUACUAUUGUAAUAACUAAAUCUAAGUUAUUUAUAAAAUUAUCCUUCCUUUUCCUACUCUUACAAUUAACUUUUACACCGACCCUGAGUAUUAAGAACCGGUUCUGGAAGACCGUUAAUCCUUCCAGUGGCGCCCUUAAAAGGUAAU